AAUCAUCUUAGGCAUUGAGGAUAAGUAAGUUAAUCUCAAUGUGAAAAUUGCUAAACUCAUUUUACAACAUUAGUUUGUUCUUAAUUAAUUAAGGUCAAUGUAAUGUUAAUACUCUCAAUUAUAUGCUUGCAGACUCUUAUAAUUGCAGGAGCUGAUACAACAUCCAUAACCCUAACAUGGAUUUUGUCAAAUUUAUUGAACAACAGACAUGCACUAGAGCUUGCCCAACAAGAACUAGACCUCAAAGUUGGAAAAGAAAGAUGUGUGCAAGAUUCUGAUAUAGAAAAUUUAGUAUACCUUCAAGCUGUUGUUAAAGAAACACUGCGACUAUACCCACCAGGUCCACUUGCAGUUCCGCAUGAAGCAAUAAACGACUGUUACAUUUCUGGGUAUUAUAUUCCGAAAGGAACUCGAGUAUUAGCUAAUCUAUGGAAAUUACAUAGAGAUCCAAAUAUUUGGUCGAAUCCUGACAAGUUCUUGCCGGAAAGAUUUCUUGCCAAUAGAGAUAAUAAUGUUGAUUUUUCUGGUCAGAAUUUUGAGUAUUUGCCGUUCGGUUCAGGAAGAAGGUCUUGUCCUGGUCUUAAUUUUGCAAUACAAGCAAUACAUUUGACUCUUGCUAGGUUACUUCAAGCAUUCAGCUUGACAACACUAUUUAAUCAGCCUGUGGAUAUGACUGAAGGUUUAGGUAUUACCUUGCCUAAGGCUACUCCUUUGGAAAUUCAAAUCACUCCACGUCUUUCUUCUGAAUUAUAUGAAUGCUAGAUGGUAAAUAAGAAGUAGCUGUGUAUUAUGAGUUAGAAUUAUUUCAAUUUGCUUUAUGAAUAAAUCAACUUUUAAAUAUUGAGUAUGAGAUUUGAUGUAGUUUUAA